AUGUUGAGUGCGGAUCAUCGGCAGGCUCUGCUCCAAGGGAAGCCUGUCAACCUUCCAGUGGACAAGUCCAACACGGUCCGAGUGUUCAUCAGCUCCACCUUCACAGAUAUGUGCAUGGAACGCGACGCUCUCCUCGACAAAGCCUAUCCAGAGGUGCAGGCUUUCUGCCAGAAACUGGGCCUGGUUUUCGAGGUAGUUGACAUGCGUUGGGGAGUCCCAAAUACACUGACAGCUGAUCACAUGAGCACAGAGCUGUGCCUGAGAGAGAUCGAGUCCUGCCAGAGGGUAUCGCUGGGGCCAACAUUUAUCGCUCUGGUUGGCAGUCGCUACGGCUAUCGACCCAUCCCUCGCGUUAUAGAAGAAAAGGAAUUCGAGGUGCUGCUGUUGAAGCACUCCUCAGAUUCCGGUUCCUGUAAAUUGUUCCUGAAGGAUUGGUUCUGGAAGGACGAGAAUGCUGUCCCUCCUGUUUACGUCCUGCAGCCGGUCACCACACACCUGCCGCACUACAGUGACACGAGCCCGGGCAACCGGGAGCGGCACGAGAAGGAGGUGCUCGCCUGGUCCCAGGUGGAGGAACGACUCGCGGUUCUGCUCCGGACAGCGGCCUCUUGGGCAGCAGACGAGGGCCUCAUCAGGAAGGAGGCAAAGCACAAGUACUUCAAAUCGGUCACUGAAUGGGAGAUUGAUUACGGCCUCCGGGAAACAAGGCAAGGAGAUGUGCACUGCUCUGUCUUCAUCCGAGACAUCCCCAACAUCCAGGAUCAAUGCGACGGGCAGCAGUUGCACAGAUUCAUCGAUGUCACCAGUGACGGGAGCAUCGACAGAGAGGCUCAGGAACUUCUCACCGGCCUGAAGGCCGAGAUUGUUGGCAAGUGCUCGAAGACUCUCCGUGUGCACCAGGUGAGGUGGCCGAGCGGGGUGCUGGACACCCGGAGCGAAGCCCAUGACAACUACCUCCAGGACCUGUGCCAGACCUUUGUCCGGGACAUGAAGCAGCAGAUCGUCAGGCGGGUCGCCGAUCGGCACGAAGCCCAAGACGAGAUGGGUUGGCUGUUUGAGGAGUUGUCUCACCACGCGGCGCUCUGCCAAAAGAAACGCAGCAUCUUCUGCGGCCGCGCCCAGCUCCUCACCAACAUUUGCCGAAGUAUGGAACUGAAGAACAAAGGCACUCACAGGCCCCUGGUCGUCUAUGGCCCUUCAGGGACCGGGAAGACAGCCGUCAUGUCAAAACUUGCCGAGGAGGUCAGGAAACAUCUCGGUGAUGGGACGGUGGUAGUUACCAGGUUGCUGGGCACAUCACCACUGAGCUCUGAGAUUCACACUGUGCUGAAAAGUGUCUGUUUCCAAGUGUGCCUUGCCUUCAGGCUGAAACCUCCUUUGAUGCACGUUGUUAACUCGUACAGUGAGCUGGUCCAGUUCUUCCACCGACUUCUGAGUGCCGUGUCCAAGAAGAACAAGGAACCCUUGGUCCUUAUCUUCGAUUCUCUGGACCAGUUAUCCUCUACUGACGGAGCGCACAGGCUGCACUGGCUGCCUAAGGAAUGCCCGGUAAAGGUCCACCUUGUCGUCUCAACCUUACCCGAGGAAUGCAACAUCUUAAACAUUCUGCAAGGAGCCAUACCAAGCCCGGAGUGCUACUUUCAGGUAGAAGCCCUCUCCUGCGAGCACGGACAGCAGGUGAUUGCCAUGCUGAUGGCAACGGUGAGGAGGAAGCUCACCAAACAGCAGCAAGAGCUGAUUCUCGACAGCUUCAAGCAUUGCGGGCAGCCCCUCAUGCUCAAGCUGUGCUUUGACGAGGCCAAGCGAUGGAGCUCGUACGUACGGGACUCUGAGCUGUACGUGGCUAAAGGCACCCGGGAAGCCGUACGUUUCCUGUACGUGCGGCUAGAGAAGAAACACGGCCGGACUUUUGUGUCACACGCUCUGGGAUACAUCGCCUGCUCCAGGAAUGGGCUCUCAGAGGCUGAGCUCAAGGACAUCCUGUCACUGGACGAUGAAGUUCUUGGAGACAUCUAUCAAUAUUGGUCACCUCCGAACAAAGACAUCAUCCGCCUCCCUCCCUUACUGUGGACACGGCUCAGAUACGAUAUUGGGGAAUACCUGGUGGAGAGACAAGCUGAUGGGUUCCCAGUCCUUCACUUUUACCAUCGGCAAUUUAUAGAGGUGGCCCACGAGAUGUACCUCCCAGCAGACGAAAAAGUCAAACGCCACACAGUGUUGGCAGAUUUCUUCAAGGGGACGUGGAGCCAAGGAAAAAGGAAGACCAUCACACUCCCACAGCUGAAAGAGACACUGCAUGCAGACAGAAAGGUCACUGCACAGCCUUUGAAAUUUGGGGAUGAUGUCGUGAACUUACGAAAAUUGAGUGAACUGCCGUACCAUUUGGUUAAUGCUGGUCGGAUUGAUGAGCUGAAACAGGAAGUUCUGGGGAAUAUGGAAUGGAUAGCUUGCAAAAUGCAAGCCACGGGAAUGAAGUCCUUGCUGGAAGAUUUUUAUGCUUGCACCCGGCAAGUCGAUUGUCCUGACGUGCAACUUGUGCAAGAUGCACUGUUACUCAUCUGGCCUACAAUAAGCUUCAUGGAGAAUGACAUAGAUCAGCGCGUUCUGUACAUGGAGGUCUUGGCUCGCCUUGAUUUCUUCAAGGGCUCGUACCCUAUGAUUGAUGAGUUGUGCCAGCAGUGUAGGAGAUGGUGUGCGUUGUGCCCUGACCCAAUCUUUACUCCACUGUGUGGCUUCUUCCAGCCUCCGGGUGGGCCACUCCGGACAACACUUACCGGCUUCAGGAAAGUAUUUGCUCUGCCUCCCCACACCCCUGGCCCCACUGGAAGGUCUGAGGCCAAGCUGAGCUCUCCAGCUGAUGAGACUGUGCUGGAUACAGCAGAUGACACUCCCAGAGUGGUGCAGACUCCGGGAUUCAUAUCUCGAAAAUCCCAGUGCCUCCAGUCUCCAAUAGUUGUGUGGCGAUCAGCCACACGUAUCAGUGUGAUGGAGCUAAGUAUUGACUGCACGGUGCUGAUGGCGGGUUCGCUGGAUGGAAUGAUGAUUGUAUGGAAUCUGCAGGACAUUGAAAUGAUCCACACGAUGACAGGUCACUCUGGUGAGGUACGGUGCAUUAAAGUGAUCCACAACAAGACCCAAGCUGUGUCAGGUUCAUUUGACCAUACGCUGCGUCUGUGGAAUCUAGUGACUGGAAAAGAGAUCUACUCAAUCCCAGAAGAUCACUCGGGCUAUGAACACUUUGCAUUACUCCAGGUGGAUGAAGCAACUGGUGUGAUCUACUCAGUCUCGGGUUCCCAGAUUAAGGGAUGGUGCCUAGAAAACGGAGAACCUCUGUUCCAAUUAUCUGGUGGUAACCUGGACAGCACAACACACACAGCAGUGAUGGGCUCCAACAACCUAAUCCUGACCGUGUCUACUGGGGCCACACUCUGUGUGUGGGAUCAAGUCAAGGGCACCUUACAGAACACUCACCAUCUCCCUGGUCUAAGUACCUCAAUACCAGUGUGCAUCCUUCCAUUGAGAAGCCAGGAGAAAGUAGCAGUGGGAUUCAGCGAUGGAGUCGUAGCAAUGGUGUCUCUGGAUGGGAUUUAUGUCACAGAGAAGGUCAACUUAUCAAUCUCCUUCCUGGUUAUGUCAGAAUGUGAGAAGUGGAUGGUAGCAGGAUUUGGGAAGUAUGCUCAGGUUUUCAAGCUGGAUACCAACACGAUUCUGAAAGCCUCGGCAAUGGAUUUGGAGCAUGGUGACAGAGUUCACACUGCUGUAAUCAGCAGAGACGAGAGCUCGCUGAUCACUGGCUCCGUCGACGAGACCAUUCGGGUGUGGAGCUUGUCACCCGACGUCAAACUGAUGGACUCGAUAGAAGGAAUGGGAGUUCCCAUCACCUCACUGCUGCUCUCUGAGAACACCUUGAUCUCAGCAUCACGCAGUGCCUACUACCUAAAAAUCUGGAACCUUGGCUACGAUCGCCAGCACAACACGGUUACACCGUUCCAUAACCGCAGUAUGAUCACUGGCUUGGCACAAGAUGGCAACUUGGUGUGCUUUCCAAAAACAGGGGACUCGAAGAAAGUCGUCGUUUGGAACUCUGAAGAAGGUGUGGCGCUCCGGACCCUGGGUGCCGGCUCCGAGCUGCGCUGCCUGGCCGUGGCCGAGCGGAGGAAGGCGGUGGUCUGCGGGCUGCAGUCGGGCUCGCUCCUAGUCUUCUGCGCCCGGGGGUGGCAGGAGCUGGAGCGCCGACCCCCGGCCGAGCCCGGUGGCGGUGGCGCCGUCCAGUGCCUUGCCCUCAGCAGCCGGGAGGAGCGGCUGGCGGCGGCUGACUGCAGCUCGGUGAGGGUGUACGCCCUGGGCGCUGCGGAGCCCCACCCGGUGCUGGGGCAGGUUCUGGUCACGGUCACUGUCCCGCCUCGGUCCGUCGUGUCCGCCGUCGCCGUCCUCGCAGACUCCAGCCUGCUGCUCGGCACCGACGCCGGGAGGCUGCAGCUCUACAGCGCCGGGAGCCCGUCGCCCACGGCGCUGGAGCCGCACGACAGCAGGGUCACCUGCCUGCAGACCAGUCACUGUGAACGGUACGCAUUCAGCGGAUGCCUGGGACCCGUCCAGAGAGUGUGGGACCUGUCUACCCGGAGGUGGCAGCACCAGAUGUUCUACAAGGGUGCAUUCUUCGAAGGGGUGGUCUGUGCUGCGUUCUCACAGGACGAUCGCUACAUCUAUACCGGCUCCCAGGAUCGCAGCAUCAAAGUCUGGGACGUUCAGAACGGCUCACUGCUGGCACUGCAGUACGUGUACGCUGGGGUAACCAGGAUCCAUUCAACGGCAGACGGGAUGGUAGCCAGCACGAGACUGGGCUACGUCAUCAGACAGAGGUUCAUGUGCCCUCCAGUUGUCGAUCCCAGUUACGAUGUGCUCAGGGGCAUCAAGGCCACUUGCUCCGUGAGAUCCAGGGUGGGCAAAGGCUCCACUGCCAAGGGACACGGCAGCAGGAAGACCCCAAAGAGCCCGGAGACCCGGAGCCCACCCCAGAAGCCCGCGCCCUCACGUGCCUGCUCCGUGCUCUGA